AUAGUGAAAGAAGAAUGGUAUGCCAGAAUUACAAAACUAAGGAAAAUGGUAGAUCAGUUAUUCUGCAAAAAAUUUGCUGAAGCCUUGGGAAGCACUGAACCAAAGGCCGUACCUUAUCAGAAAUUUGAAGCGCAUCCCACUGAUCUUUAUGUGGAAGGUUUGCCAGAGAAUAUUCCAUUUCGGAGUCCCUCUUGGUAUGGAAUCCCUCGGCUAGAGAAAAUUCUUCAAGUGGGGAAUAGGAUAAAGUUUGUAAUAAAAAAGCCAGAACUACUCACAGUCAGUUCCACAGAAGUUACUCAACCAAGAACAAACAUGCCAGUCAAAGAAGAUUGGAAUGUCAGAAUCACAAAAUUGAGGAAACAAGUAGAAGAAAUAUUUAAUAUGAAAUUUGCACAAGCUCUGGGUCUCAGUGAAGCAGUGAAAGUUCCUUAUCCUGUCUUUGAGUCAAAUCCUGAUAAUCUGUAUGUAGAAGGUUUGCCUGAAGGGAUCCCCUUUCGAAGCCCAACCUGGUUUGGAAUCCCUCGCCUGGAAAGAAUUGUGCGGGGCAGUGGAAAAAUUAAAUUCAUUGUAAAGAAGCCAGAGCUUGUUACCUCAUUCUUGCCUCCAGAAUUGGUUUGUAAAGUGAACACUUCAGUAAACGUCUCUGUAGGCUCUCAGAGUCCCAGCAGCUCAAACUCUACACGAAGUCCUGUAAGCAACUCUAAAGUUCCAGAGAUUGAAGUUACUGUAGAUGAAGGUCCUGCUAAUAGGGUAUCAACCUCAGAUGUUAGAACUAAUCCUCAAACCAAUGGAUCCAAUACAGGCUUUAAGCCAAGAGGAAGAGAGUUUUCUUUUGAGGCCUGGAAUGCCAAGAUUACUGAUUUGAAACAGAAAGUUGAAAAUCUUUUUAAUGAAAAAUGUGGGGAAGCUCUUGGACUGACAGAACCUGUUAAAGUUCCUUUUGCGCUUUUUGAAUCUUAUCCUGAAGAUUUUUACGUUGAAGGCCUUCCUGAGGGAGUGCCAUUCCGUCGCCCAUCCACUUUUGGCAUUCCAAGAUUGGAAAAAAUUCUCCGAAACAAAGCUAAGAUAAAAUUUAUCAUUAAAAAGCCAGAAAUGUUUGAGGCAGCAAUUAAAGAAAAUGCUACUGCUAUUCCAAAUCCUCAAAGAAGAACCAGCUUAUGUAAUACUGUGAUAAACGCUGUAAGUGUGCCUGACCCAGUGGUGAACACAGCUGCUGGAGUAGAAGACCUUAACAUCAUUCAGGUGACAAUACCAGAUGAUGAUGAGAGAACCUCCAAAGUAGAGAAGGCCCGGCAGCUGAGAGAGCAAGUGAAUGAUCUCUUCAGUCGAAAAUUUGGGGAAGCUAUUGGUAUGGGAUACCCUGUGAAAGUCCCAUACCGAAAAAUCACUGUCAACCCUGGCUGUGUGGUGGUGGAUGGAAUGCCCCCUGGUGUAUCUUUUAAAGCUCCCAGCUAUCUUGAAAUCAGUUCCAUGAGGAAGAUUCUGGAUUCUGCAGAAUUUAUUAAAUUUACCGUCAUUAGACCAUUCCCUGGACUUGUAAUGAACAACCAAAUUACUGAAAAAGCAGAAGCAGAAGUCCCAGCAGCCACUGUGCCAGCUCCUGAACAGGUUAUACAAGAGCCAGUUGAAGCAGACCAAAUAGUACAAGUAUCUGUGGAGGAAGAUUCAGUACAGACUGAAGAACACUCUCAAAUAAAGCAGGAGCCAGAUCCAACGUGGUAGACCUGACUUGCAUUAGAGUAAAGGACAGUCAUAACACGAAGCAGAGGGGUGGGUGGUAUUCAGAUACUUUUCUAGGUAGGAAAUGGACCCCCGACUGUUGCUGUGAAUGCAGAAUCUAUGAUCUGACUUCCAUUUAUAUUGGUCCUGUAACUAUGUAGAUCACUUAACUUGGUGGAGUCCCUCUUACAGUCUUUUAAGUUGUGCUCCUUUUGUCCUUGCGCCACUUGCUUUGACUUCUAGUCCUCCUGAACCUUUAGAGCAAUCUUCCACACCCUUUAUGCCCUCCGUUUGUUUUGGAUGGCAUCCUCUCUGCCCAUUGGCUUUGCUGGCUGGGGCUGAUGGGUGUCAGAGUCCAUGUCUGGAGGGCUUGAGAUACCUAACAGGAACCAAGUUAAACUGAAUGAAAUAUGUACAGUAUGCAAAAAUAGCCAUUAUUUUCAUAGGGCUUCUAGUAGCAGUUUAUUUAACUUCCAUCUCUGCCAUUUUGUUUUUUCCUCCUCUAUCUCCAAUCAAAAGCAAAAGCAUCAAGGCUUGAGAAGAGUUUGUUGGGAUGAUUCUGGCCUGUGUAAUAUAAUUGUAGAAGAGAAGUACCUUCUGUCUGUCUGUCCUGUCCUAACGUCUAUGGAGAUUCUCAAUCAUCCAGGUCACAGUUUUCCCAUAGGUGCU